GAAAUCACUCGGUGCUCGACAUCUUCGUUCACCAAUCAGUUCUCUGGCGAGCUGAGCUUCAUCUGCAAAUCCUCGCUCACAGUAUAACACCACUCUCAAGAGGGGCUAUCCACCAUGCCGCCCCUCUUCACUUCCACUUCGCUCACCACCUUCAUACGGCAGAUACGUGGUGUAGCAAAAUACAUUCAACAGCCUGCUACUGUUAUGUCCCGUACAGCACCAAAACGUACUAUCAACACCCUCGGUCGCGCACGAAACGCUGUUCAUCACCUUGCACACCAGACAUUUCCUAGUCUUUCCACCCCAGCUCAUCAGCUUCACCAGUCUACGACUAUUAGGGCAGGCGUAAGAUUUGCCACCUCGUCUGCGGGGAGUUCCUCCUCAAAAACUUCCCAAAGACAUCUAGGCGCCGUCGGUCGGGCAUUGCAGGCAUCCAAACGCCCUCAAUGGGGCCGCGGUCGAUCUAUCCCCUCCAACGUUGGGCUUGGAUCCGCUCGUGGGUUUGCGUCUGCUCCAGCAGCUGGCGGGAUUCCCGGCAAUAUCCCUAUCGUCCUUCGCGCCUUUGCAAACCUUGUCGACGACGAUUGCUCAGGAAAGAAGUCUCUUCCUCGUGCUAGCCGAUACUCCCCAUACGCACGCAAGGCGAGACGCACUAGGCGAAAGGUCUGCAAGUCUAUCGACUCUUCUUUCAUCUCCGACUUGCACCAUUAUUUCCCUCGUGUCGCCGCUUCCCAGCUUGACGAGGUCAAGGUCGACCUUCCCCCUCUUCCUGAACAGCUUGUGACACCCGGCAAGACUGCCACCCUCGCUAUCCCUCUUUCUCCUUCUCUUGAAGCCUUGCUUCACCCGACUUCUUCAUUGACGUAUCCCGAGACGUCUAUCGGAGUCCACAUCCUUGCACGUCUUACUGCGGGCCUCUUGCCAAUUCACUCCGCCUUCUCUUUACACUCCUCAACCAGAGUCAUUCCUCUGUUGACAAAGCUUGAUGGAUUGGGUGUGAUGGAGUUUCAUCCUGGUGGUCCUAAUGUUCUGGCAGAAGUUGUGAGGGAUCCCGAAGGUCGCCCAGAUAUCUUGAGGUUGAUCUUUGAACAAAGGUCAUCAGAGAACGUGAAGGCGUUGUUGGGGGGGAGCUUGAGAGAGAACGAAGAAGGCGAGUGGUGGGCGUUGUGGGACCAGGAGGAUAGGGUCAUGGAGUUGACACAAGGUGAGAGAAGAGCAAUGAUGGAGAGAUGGGACGGAGGCGAAGAGAAGAAUGAGCAUGAUCAAGAAUCACUUGUUUACCCGACACUCGACAUGUCUCUUGUCAAUUCAGUCGAUCCUCUUGUUACACCUCCGCCACCUAGCGAGGUUUCUUCUCUCAACAGCACCCCUUCCACCCAAUCGACGCUUUCCCUGUCAUCGCUUCUUUCUGAUAUGGAUGACUCGUUGGAAGGGUGGUCCAUUCCUCCAUCAGAAGCGGACACAGAUGUUGAUUCUGUCUAUUCAGGAAGUGAGGAGUGGGGCGAUGUCAGCUCGAGGAUAGUCAGUAUACAUAGCGAACAAGGGGAAGAGAGUAGUGACGGUGUCGUCUCUGUAUGGUGGGCCGGUGCAGGGGAAGGUUUUGGUUUCGUAGCUCAGCCGUGGUGAUUGUCAGUUUGUUUGUACUAUUAGCUAGUUCUCUGGUUCCUAUGCAGUAUAUAUACUUGCAUACA